UAUUUUUCCUUCCAAAAUACUGCCCUAAUUUUCUCAAUUUUAGUUCUCCCUUCCCUCUUCUUCUCUCUAUAUCACUCUCCAUUCCCCUCUCUCCUCCCCUUCCAGAUUCGAGCUUCACCCCACCCGCGGCCGACCCACCAAUUCCCACCUGUUCCCGCCUUCUUCCUCGCUUAUUUUCCCUUUCGAUCGAUUGAUUUUGCGGCUCGUACAGUCAACGCCACCGCCUACCACUUCUUAUUUCAUUUCUCUUCCUCGAUAUUUGAUGUUGGGGAACAUAAGGAAGGCAGUGCGUUCACUUCAUACAAACCACAGAUUUAGACAUUUAGAAGUGAGGAACAUCGGGACAACCGUUACAGUAGAGCCUCUCCUUCACAAUAAAUUGUUGUCACAUUAUAGGUUUUUAGCUAGAGGACAUGGUUUCUCCCCAUUGUACUGCACAAAAAGAAAUUUAAGCUUGACUAGGAAUUCUAGAAAUUUUUGUAUUUGGACAACCAGCAAUGUGGUUAAACAUCAGGCACAAUUUGUUUGGAAAAGGGUUUGCAGUAAAUUCUCUUCCAAUGGCUAUAGUAUUCCCACCUUAAACGAAGUUGCUCGGGCAUUCUGCUUGGCCAUGUCUCGUUCUCACCUGAUAGUUCCUGGUAUCUUUGCUUUUACAUGUGGAGAGCUAGCAUGUGCCCAAAGAACAUUAACAAACAUGGACCCCUAUCCAUCUCACAAUUCUUUCUACAUUCGGGCGCAAGAUGGACAUGCCUAUUUGAUUUCGUUACUAUUUUCUACUUUAGAAGGCAUUAUAUUAUUAUUUAGAGCCCUUUAUUUGGCAAUCUUGUUCUCACCUAGCAUACUGAUGGCUCCAUUUGCGGAUGUCUUUGGACUUCGCUUCAGGAAACUCUGGCUUCAGGUUGUUCAUCGUUCUCUGGAAAAAGGUGGUCCAGCAUUCAUUAAAUGGGGUCAGUGGGCAGCAACACGGCCAGAUCUAUUCCCUAGAGAUUUAUGCAUAGAGUUAUCAAAGCUUCACACUAAAGCUCCUGAGCACAGCUUCGCCUACUCAAGGAAAACUAUAGAGCGGGCAUUUGGUCGAAAGCUUUCUGAGAUAUUUGAGAAUUUUGAAGAGGAACCUGUUGCAUCGGGAAGUAUUGCUCAAGUACAUCGAGCUUCUUUGAAAUUUCGAUAUCCUGGUCAACAAAUGGAGCCCAUGGUGGUUGCUGUAAAAGUUAGACAUCCUGGUGUUGGGGAAUUAAUUAGGAGAGAUUUCAUUAUAAUCGAUUUUGUAGCAAAAAUUUCAAAAUUCAUUCCUACACUCAAUUGGUUGAGAUUGGAUGAAAGUGUGCAACAGUUUGCCGUUUUUAUGAUGUCUCAAGUCGACCUUGCAAGGGAAGCUGCACACUUGAGUCGCUUUAUCUAUAAUUUUCGGCGGUGGAAAGAUGUUUCAUUUCCUAAACCUGUGUAUCCACUUGUUCAUCCUGCUGUUUUAGUGGAAACUUAUGAACAAGGGGAAAGUGUUUCACACUAUGUUGAUGGGCUUGAAGGAUAUGAAAGACUUAAGUCAUCAUUGGCACACAUUGGGACGCAUGCUCUUCUAAAAAUGCUUCUGGUGGACAACUUUAUUCAUGCAGACAUGCAUCCUGGAAAUAUCCUUGUCAGAGUUUCUCCUGAAAAAUCCCGUCGGAAACGACUCUUCAAAUCAAAACCUCAUGUUGUCUUCCUUGACGUAGGCAUGACUGCAGAACUUUCUGGUAAUGAUAGAGUAAAUUUACUGGAAUUUUUCAAGGCUGUCGCUCGUAGGGAUGGCCGUACUGUUGCCGAGCGUGCUCUUAAAUUAGCAAAACAACAAAAUUGCCCUGAUCCUGAGGCAUUUAUUGAGGAAGUGACCAAUGCGUUUGAUUUCUGGGCUACUCCCGAAGGGGAUUUAGUUCACCCUGCUGAAGCUUUGCAGCAAUUACUGGAGAAAGUGAGGCGUUACAGAGUCAACAUUGAUGGUAAUGUCUGCACUGUGAUGGUGACAACAUUGGUUCUGGAGGGCUGGCAGCGGAAACUUGAUCCUUCUUAUAAUGUGAUGGAAACACUGCAAACUCUGUUAUUGAAAGCUGGUUGGGCUGAGUCUCUUUCCUACACAAUUGAAGGAUUGAUGGCACCGUAGGGGAUGUUGGUUGUGCCUUAUCUGCUCCAUCAAAACAAUUUUGGCGAUGUAAAGGAGAAGUUACAAAUAUUAAGCUUAAUAUGUUAUAUUUAAGUUCAACCUUGUAUUCACUUCAUUCUUUCCACUAAGCUUUUACUUCUAAUUUUCUCUUCUUUUGUUUUUAGCUCAAGUGUCGAGCAGACGCAGUAGAUAAAGGGUAUAAAGCAAGUAAUGUGGUAAACAUAAACAACCCAAGAUUCUUUUGAUUUUACUGUAAAGUUAGCAUCUUCUGCUCCUGUUAAACAGAAGCAGCAGGGAAAAACAUGAUCUUCUUCAUAGUUAUUUCUCAAUUGAAUAUGAUUUUCUAUACAUUGAAUUAGAAAACCUUCUCUGUAGUAUAGUAUUGUAUAAAUACGUUUCUUGUUCGAGAAGAAGAGUACCUUUUUGAA